UGGACUCUUUGAUCCAGAAACAACAAAUGAAGAUGUGAUAAAACAAUGGCAGCUUCUCCUUCAUUCAGUCCCAUCAGUCUCCACUGUGUUCCUGCUGGUGAUGAAGAUCAACAGAUUCUCUUUAGAAGAGAAGAGAACUGUUGAACUCAUAGAAGAGUUUUUAGGAGAUCAGCACCUUCACAACACCUGGAUCCUCUUCACCAGAGGAGAUGAGCUGAGUGAGGAUCUCACUAUAGAAAAAUGUAUAUCAGAGACUGAAGAGCUGAAGAGAGUCCUACAGAGAUUUAACAACAGAUACCACGUCUUCAACAACAUCAAACACGAUCCUGAUCAAGUCAGAAGACUGAUAGAGAAAAUCAAAGCAAAUCAAAGCUCUCCGAGGUUAAACCUGGUCCUGUGUGGGAGUAACAGAGUGCUAAAGUCCUCCAUAUCAGAUCUCAUACUGGAUCAGAAAAAGCUCAGUGCAGACUCUAGAUCAGUGUGUGUGAAGAGAGAAGCAGAAGUAUGUGGACGUCUGAUCUCCCUGGUGGAGCUUCCAGCUCUCUACAGCUCUCAGCUCUCAGAGGAGGAAGUGAUGCGGGAGACUCUCCGCUGUGUCUCUCUCUGUGAUCCUGGAGUUCAUGCUUUUCUCCUUGUUAAUCCUGCUGGUCCUCUCACUGAUGAAGAUAAAGGAGAACUGGAGAAGAUCCAGAUGAUCUUUGGAUCAAAAUUCACUCACUACACCAUAUCAGUCAUCACUACAGAGUCUCAGCAACAGUCAGUAGAGUUGAAUAAAGCUACUAAACAGAUCCCCGAAACAUUUCAAAGACACUGUGUUAGUGUUUUGGAUGACAGCAUGGGGUCAGUGCUCAUGAAUGAGGUUGAUCUGAUGUUGAAACUCAACAGUGGAAGCUGCUACACAUCCGGCAUGUAUUUAGAAGCACAGGUGGAAACACAGCUGAGAUACAAGACUGAGAAUGAAGAACUGAGGGAAACCAUCAGACUAUUAUCAAUGAAGAAAGAGACACAAGAAUUUUCCUCAGAUACAGGAGGUCUAAGAAUUGUUCUCAUGGGGAAGACUGGAGUGGGGAAGAGUGCUACAGGAAACACCAUCCAGCAGAAAGAGGUUUUUAAAGAGUUAAUUUCUUCUAAGUCAGUUACCAGCGUCUGUCAGAAAGAAUCAGCUGAAGUCAGACGGAGAAGAGUCACUGUGAUCGACACUCCAGGACUGUUUGAUACGAGUAUUUCUAAUAAAGAAAUCAUAAAGGAAAUCGUUAAGUGUAUCACCAUGGCUGCACCAGGUCCACACGUCUUUCUGCUGGUGCUGACAGUGGGACGCUUCACACAAGAGGAGCAGGAAGCAGUGAAUAUGAUCCAAGAUCUGUUUGGUAAAGAAUCCAGAAGAUACACCAUGGUGCUCUUCACCAGAGGAGAUGAUCUGCGGGGAACAAGCAUUGAGGAUUAUAUUAAAGAUUCCGACCACAGCUUACAAAACAUCAUUAAGCAGUGUGGAAACAGAUACCACGUGUUCAACAACAGAAAUCCUGAAGACCAAACCCAGGUCACUGAUCUACUGGAGAAGAUCGACUCCAUGGUGGCAGUGAAUGGAGGAAGCUGCUACACUAAUGAGAUGUUCCAGAAGGUGGAGAAAGCUCUACGUGAAGAACAGGAGAGAAUCCUGAGGAAGAAAAAGGAGGAGAUAGAGAGAGAGAAAGAAGAACUGAGAGCCAAACAUGAAGCUGAGCAGGAGAAACUGAAGAUGAUGUUGACAGAGGAACAGCAAAAUCUGUUAAAAGAGAGAAAAGAAAAAGAGGAAGAGUUUCAGAAGAAAGAAGCUCAAAUAAAGGAGGAGACAAAUGAGGAACGAAAGAAAGAGCUGGACGAAAAACUCAAAGAAGACAGAGAGGCGUUCAAUAAGGUGAUGGAAGUGAAAGAGCAGGCCUGUAAAAAAAAGAUGAAGGAAGAUCAGCAAUACGAGAAAGAAAAGUACGAGAGGGAGAAAGAAGAAAUGAGGAAGCGGAAGGAGGAGGAGGCGAGGGAGGAGGCAGAAAAGAAAUUGUGCGAUGAAAUAGAAAGAGCCACUAAAGUAGGAGGAGCAGUGGGAGGAACAGUGGGAGGAGUAUUGGGAGGUGCAUUAGGACUUUUAGGGGGACCAAUAGGAGCAGCAGCUGGAGGAGCAGCAGGAGCAACAGUAGGAGCAGCAGUAGGAGCAGCAGUAGGAGGGUUUAUUGGUUGGUUUUGUAAACGUUAGAGGAUAAUGUUAAGACAGUCUGUGUAUGUCGGGUUAAAUGCGUGAUUUAUAUGCUUGAUGGAACAUAAAUGGUUAUUGGACUAAAAAAAUACUAAAGUAUGAGACUAAAUAUUAAGAUACAAGGGAAUAAAACACAAAUCAUUUAUGACUAUCUGACUUUUUAUUGCAGCAUUACUGCAACAUAAAUAACAUGAAAAUACAAAUAAUAAUCCUCUCUCAUUGAUUGGCUGUAGAAUGUAAUCUCUGUAACAUGUACUUUGUGAAACUGCAUGUGGGGUAUAGCUUCUACAUUUAUCCCUCAAAUAUCAGAUGACAUUCUCACUCCUGCUGAUCACAACAAAAUGAAUCACUGUAACUUUAAACAACAGCUUACAAAUGAGUUAUUCUUGUUGUCCACUGUGUAGAUCAAAAUCCACCCUACUUUUAAAAUCUAGCUAACAAUAAAUGAGUUUAACCUUCUUUUGAGUAAUUGUCUCUACUGCCCCUUUAUAACAAAUUUUGGAACAUUGCUGUGAAAAUUUGAUUGCUUAACUUCUCCCUAAGAAAAUAGACAAUUUGGUGAAUCGCCAUCAUUCCAGAGAACACAGUUCUGCUGAUGCACAGCUCAUUUCUGUGGGCUUUACCCCUCUUUAACCCAAACCUGGCAUUAUGCAUGGUAAAUUAAUGUUUGUGUAUAUUAAAGAAUUCCAAUUAAUUAAAAAAAAACUUCUCUUCAUGGUAGCUGAAUGGAUAAAUUAGUCGAGCUGUCUACAAACAUUUGGAGAUGUAGUGUAUGUCCAUUUGUUUUGUCAUAUAACAAGAAUAAAUUACAUUAUUAGCACAGUGAAUAAUAAAUCAUUCGCAGAUUGAAAUAGUUUUCAGGUUUUCCACAGUUGUGGGUGAAGUUUACUGAUCAGGUUUUACAGAACAUCAGAAGAAAGAAUUCUGAAGUCCUGCAGGUGAAAGACAAUACUGGCAAAUAUUAAGAAUACACUCAGCAAAUCUGACAUAUAUUUUUAAUCAUAUGUAUUAAUGUGAAUCCUUAUAUAAUGUCCUGUAAAAUAUAAACUAUGUGAAAAUCUGCAUGUUUUGCAUCUGCAUUUUAAAUGUGAUAAAGCAUGUAGAACAAAGCAAGUAAACAGUUAAAUUACUGUCUAAAUAUUAAGCUGUAUUAUUCUUAUAUCUACUGCUCAUAUUCAAGUUUAUGAUUGAUGAUUUAACUAAGAAUGACUGUACUCAAAUGAUGCUUCUAAUAAACUCAUUUACUCUUA